CGCGCAGGCGCGUCUCUCCUCUCCCGGCCCCGCCCCCGCUGGCCGCCCUUCGCUUUCGAUUCCCGCGGACAGGCUCCACGGAGUCAAGAGGCAGCGGCGGCAGCAGCGGCGGCGGCCGGGCAGGCGAGGCAGGAUGGCUGCUGACUCGGCGGUGUGCAGCUACCUGUCCAAGGUGCUGUGUUCGCGGGGCGGCUGCGUGCGCCUCUCCGAGCUGCCCCAGGAGAUGGGGCUGCCGAUGAGCCAGCUGCGGCAGGUCCUGGAGGACGCCGGCCAGGCGCGCUUUCUGGUGACCCGGAGAGGCGGCGAUCAAUUCGUGCUGGCCAUCUCGGCUGCCCGCCUCUGCGUCCGCCAGGUCUGCAUGGGCUGCGACCGGCUGCACCUCUGCAAGCUGAACCUCCGCGGGAGAUGCCGAGUCAAUGCUUGCAAGUAUUCUCAUGAUAUUUUCUCAGAAACUAACCGGCAAGUUUUGAAAACCCACGAACUCUCUGGCCUUAAUGAAGAGGAAUUGUGCGUUUUACUUUUACAAAACGACCCUUUUCUUUUACCCGAUGUGUGCGGUGCCUAUAACAAAGGAGGAGGGAGUUGCACUCUGAAAGAUAAUUGCUCCCGGCUUCACAUUUGCCGCUACUUUCUCAGAGGAGAAUGCCGCUUCCCCCAUUGCAAGAGGUCUCACAAUCUUCUGGACUCCCAUCCUACGAGUCUGUUGAUCGCCGAAGGCCUGGAUCAAGACACAAUUUGGAACAUCCAAGCCAUUUGUGAUGCCAGGAUUGCUGCCUUCAUGAAGGACCUUCGAAUCCCAAAUUGUACGGCUGCAGCAGAGAAAGAUUACUUAAACACACGUCCAAAAACUGAGAGAUAUCCGGUACCUUUUCAGGCAAAUAAUUUUGUGAAAGUAGAUCUGCCUGACCAAGGUGUAAAAAGAGCAUCUAUUCUUAAAACUCCAAGCACAGAGAAGGAAAAAAGCGAUGAAAUCUGUCUGCACUAUGUCUGGCAGUUCUGUAAAAAUAAAAAUAAUUGCAGUAUGAUCCAUUAUGAUCUUCCAUAUCGGUGGCAGAUCUCCACCAGCAGUGGCUGGAAGGAUCUUCCCAGAAGAGAGGAAAUUGAAAAGGCUUACUGUGACCCAAGUAUUACCAGCUUUCCAGAUCUACAGAUAGAUUUCAGGACCAUGACUUCUGUCCCUCCUCCGAUUCGGCGCCUGUCCACUGUGUCAUCCGUCACCAAAGAGGCUAAGUUUGUCAUGACAACCAAGUGGCUGUGGUACUGGCAGAAUGACCACGGCCAAUGGAUCGAAUAUGGGAAACAGGACAAGCAAUUCCAGCCUGCCAGUCUAACAUCAGAUGACCUGGAAAACCUUUACCUAGCGGAACCAAAUGGAAGUAUUCAAUUUGAAGCUGGCUCUCAGAAAUAUUUGCUGAGCUUUAAAAAUAUGACCCAGGUAAAUCUGAACUAUCCUACCAAACGGGAGGUCCGAAGACGUCCCAAGUUUGUUUCCUCUGAAGAUGUCAAGACAAAGAAAGGACACACAGCAGCAGCAGCAGCAGCAGCAACAACAACAGCAACAGCAAUUCCUGCACCCAUAGCAUCUCCCGUAACAACUCCAACUUACCCUCCAAACUGGGAUACUACAGCCCUACCUGCCAUUGGAUUCGCGGCCAUUGAACUCAACAGAGGUUCUCCAGAGUUUUUGAAAAUUGAGAAUCUCUUUCAGCUGACGAUGAAAAACUAUAAAAUUCGCAAAAUAGAACGAAUUCAGAACCCAUCCCUUUGGCAAGUCUACCAGUGGCAAAAGGAACAGAUGAAGAAGAAGAAAGGUGGACAGAUUAUUGACGAAAGGCUCCUCUUCCACGGGACAAACCGUUCUAGCGUGAAAUCCAUCUGCACAGACAACUUUGACUGGAGACUCUGCGGCACAAAUGGGACCGUUUAUGGGAAAGGAAGCUACUUUGCCAGAGAUGCCAAUUAUUCAGACAACUACUGUCCGGCGAAGGACGAUGAGAAGGUGAUGUUUCUAGCUCAAGUUCUAGUGGGUGAAUUUGUCGUGGGGCAUCCGAUAUACACUCGCCCACCAGCGAAAUUGACCGACGUGCUCAACUCUUAUGACAGCUGUGUGGAUAACACAUUAAACCCAUCGAUCUUCGUCAUUUUUGAGAAGCAUCAGGCUUAUCCGGCCUAUCUUAUCUUUUACAGGGAAGAAAAGAAAUGUAUUUUAUCUUAAAAAUUUGCCUUUACAUGACCAUAAUCUUCUUAGCAGUUUAAAUGCCUAUGGCCCUCCUUUUCAAAUCAAUCCAAUUUUAUACAACCAAUAUAUACCUUCAUAGGAGUGUGAAAGGCUGAAUCGCUCUUGUUGAUGGAUAGAAACCCGACUCUAUUUUUAUCACAAAGAUGUUUUAAGAAAGAAUACCGAAAAUUUAUAAAAAUAAUAAUAAUAGGGUUUUAAUCCAUUUUUACUAACUUUGUUUCUUAGUAAACAAAGUUUUUGUUCCCCUUCAGCCUUUAGCUUUUAAUAUAUGACGUUUAUUAUGGAUGGGUGUUUAAUCCAUCAAUAAGGUUGGACAAACUAUAUUUUAUUCUUUUGUCCUCCUAGACGGAUCCAAAUUGUUAUUAACUGAAGACAUACAGUGAGUGAUUAUCAAAAGACACUCCUGUUCGCUCCGCGUACGAGUGUAAAGUUCACAUCAGCGAUAAGGUCCAGUGGUUUGAAAAUAUACCUGUGGUUCUGGAUCCAAGAUUAAAAGUUCUUCGUUUUCUAUUUCACCUAACACAAUCAUGCUUCUAUGCAUAUCAUCCUCAUCCUCCACUUUCUCUUUUAAUGAUUUGAUGUAACGCUUUCUAGCAAUUUUCCAAUUUCAGCAGUUUUGUAUUUUCAAUUUAGCAAGCAUGUGAUUCCUCGCUUUUUCAUUUUAGACAAGAUUAGUAGUACAUUUCCUUGUUUUUGCGUAUUUGCCUAUGGAUUAUACAACAUGAAUAUUGGGAAAAUGCGAUGCUAAAUUUUUGCAAUUUGGCUGGAAAAGCGUCAUCGUGGUAAUAGAAGUGCUAGGACUGGGGUUGGCGUUAAACCCUAGAUAUCAAGGAACAUGCAGUUGUGCCUUAUAAAGAAAGCCUCUGUCACUUUAUAAAGCUAAUCCUUGAACCUAUCACCCUUUUUGUUUAGUGACUGUUCAAACUCAUAGUGGUCCUAAAUGAAGAGAUUUAAGACCCAGACCUGAAGUUAACAGCUGUUGCAGUGCCGCUCAGGCGGUCAGAAUUCGGGGACUUGGCAGCCUACUCACAAUUACGACUAAAAGGGCACUUUAACUCCCACCAUCACCUGCCUUUGCCCUCCAUUUAUAUGAGCCGCUGCUCUGCACUCCACCAUCCUAGCUGACCUCCUCAAUCUUGCACCUACUGCUGAUGAGGGGAGCUGGGCCUGGCUCCUGAGCUGGACUUUGGCUAUGGAAAGAAAAAUCAAUGCCAAAAUCAGUCUGAAACCACAGCAUACCAAACUAGGCGCUGCUUUGGGGUUUUUUUUCUUUCCCACACCUGGCACGCCUCAUAGCAGUGGGAGUAAGAAAAUGGCAGAGUGCAGGUAGCAGGGUCUUGGAGUAUAAGGUGCAAGGGAGACUGGGAUGAGAUAGCCGUGGCUUCUGGCGGGGGGUAUUGCCAGUAGUCCCCGAAUGAUGAGUUCUAGAGCUGCCCACCACCCCACAAGGCAGAGUAUCCAAAAGGGACAAGAUGGAAGAGAGACGAGUGGAGUGGGGCAGCUGGAGAUAAGCCCCUUACCAAGGCUCAGGGCUGGGUGAGACGUAACAAAGUGACUUGGCUCGGUGUGGGUAGUCACCUAACGACUGCAACAGGGAGAGCUUGAUUGCUGUCGUAAGUCGGUGUAGUCACGUAAUUUACCAUCACUUUGUUCGGCAAAAGAAAUUCCAGUUCCUGUUGUCUUGAGAGCUUAUGUAAUGAUUUUUGUACUUUUUUUUUUUACUUCCCUGCUAAAAUGCUUCAUGAAUAAAAUGUUAAUUUUAGCAAA